AUGCCGCAUCACACACCUUCGUUCGGAAAUACUUCAUAUACGACAGGGGAUGCGGCGAGCCGGCUACCUCCUGCCAGGGCAGUACCGCGGCCUGGGGACGAGUCGGCUGAGCCACCACCCCCUGGCAUGAUUCCGUGUUUCGUCGACACGAAAUCGGGCUCGUCGCAGCAGGCGGAGAAGCGGAAGGCUAACAGUGACGCCUCAAGAAGAUUCCGCAAUCGCAAGAGGAACGAAAUGCAAAUGGAACAGAAGAUCACUGCGCAGCAGGACGAGAUAAGAAAGCAAGCCGAGGCUCUGCAGAGACAAACACAAGAGAUUCGGACAUUGACUCAGGAGCGCGACUUCUACCGCUCCGAGCGAGACUUCUUCCGUGACCAUUAUACUCGCCUGGUACCUGCAGGGCAGAUGCCUACGAGGCCAACAUCCCCGCAUGCGUUCCGCACGUCGUUUCGUACAACCCCUGAUCAAGAUCGAAAGGCAGCUUGGCACGGACCCGAGGCAACUCGCGAAAGCCUGGAAUCCGCACAUGGGUCCGCAGCAAGUAGGACUUCGAUGGCCGAUUCGAAGAUGAUGCCCUUGUCGACGGCACGGCCACCUGUCACAUGGCCUACCUCUUCGGCCUCUUACGGCACGAUGCACGCAGAGCGGGGCAUCGUACCUGUUGAGAGACCCCCUAGAGAAUUAGCACACGUUUCUGGGGCAUGGACACGGGGUUCUUAA